CGACAUCACAGCCGCAACCAUGCCUCGAGCUCUCACCCUACAGCAAAUCGAAGGCGCAAAGCCUGGAAAGGUCUAUUAUCCACUUCAAGUAAAGCAAGUUCCAAAGCCAACUCCAGGUCCAAAUGAGGUCCUUGUCAACCUCUCCGCGGCGGCACUCAACCACCGUGAUCUUUUUAUGCGCCGUCAUCUCUACCCAGCCAUUUCCUUCACCAACCCAAUUCUAGCAGAUGGCUAUGGCACUGUGGUCGCCUUAGGAAGCAAUGUCACCCGUAAGAACCUCCUCAACAAGCCGGUCAUUCUCACUCCCAUGCGUGGCUGGGAAUCAGACCCUGCCGCUCCAGAGGAUAGUCGCAAGUUUGCAGUCACAGGUGGUUCCAAACUCACCGAGGUCGGUACCGCUCAGGACUACAUCGUAGUCUCAGAGGAAGAAGUUGAGCCUGCUCCUGAACACCUCACACCCGCUGAGGGAGCAGCUCUACCUCUUGUUGGUGUCACGGGUUGGCGCGCUCUUGUUACAAAGAGCAAUGCUGCUUUCUCUGGCUCAAACAUUCUUAUCACAGGCAUUGGUGGCGGUGUCGCGCUCCAGGUCCUUCAGUUCGGUGUAGCAAUGGGUUGCAAUGUAUUCGUCACAUCCGGCGACGAAGCUAAGAUCACAAAGGCCAAGAAGAUGGGCGCCAAAGGUGGAGUCAUUUACAAGAACGAAGCCUGGGACAAGGAGCUUCGAGCACAGCUACCAGCUGAUAGGCCAUAUCUCGAUGCUGUAAUCGAUGGUGCAGGCGGUGAAAUCGUGGGCAAGACUGUACGACUACUCAAGGCUGGCGGUGUAAUUGUGCAGUACGGCAUGACCGUGUCUCCCAAGAUGGACUGGCUGAUGGCCGCGAAUCUGCAGAAUAUCGAGCUCAAGGGUUCAACGAUGGGCUCCCGCAAGGAGUUCCGGGAUAUGGUAACCUUUGUUAACGAGAAAAAGAUUCGACCCGUCAUCAGCAGAACGAUCAAGGGGCUCAAUAAUCUUCAAGGGAUUGAUGACCUGUUCAAAGACAUGGAUCAGGGGAAGCAGUUUGGUAAGCUAGUAAUCGAGUGGGAUUCAGGAAGUGAGUCGCCCUCAAAGCUCUAG